AUUUACAUUUUUGAAAAUAAUAUCUACUACCAGCCUGAUAUAAAGAGCAGUUCUUUGCGACUGACAUCUUCUGGAAAAGAAGGAAUAAUUUUUAAUGGAAUUGCUGACUGGUUAUAUGAAGAGGAAAUUCUACAUUCUCACAUCGCUCACUGGUGGUCACCAGAUGGAGAGAGACUUGCUUUCCUGAUGAUAAAUGAUUCGUUGGUGCCUACCAUGGUCAUCCCUCGGUUUACUGGAGCAUUGUAUCCCAAAGGAAAGCAGUAUCCAUAUCCUAAGGCAGGUCAAGUGAACCCAACAAUAAAAUUAUAUGUUGUAAACCUAUAUGGACCAACUCACACUUUGGAACUCAUGCCACCCGACAGCUUUAAAUCAAGAGAAUAUUAUGUCACUAUGGUUAAAUGGGUAAGCAAUACCAAGACAGUGGUGAGAUGGCUAAACCGACCUCAGAACAUGUCCAUCCUUACAGUCUGUGAGACGACUACUGGUGCUUGCAGUAGAGGCAAGAAGAUGGAGCUCAAGAAAAGCACAAAGGUCUCACUGAUCUAAAUAGUCAGAAAGAAUCAGAGUUUGAGAAUCUU